AUGAAGGGGCUUUUUUCCAAGGGCUCGAAGAAUGGGGCCUCCAACCUUCCGGCCGCCGCGCCGCCCGUGAAAAAAGACCUCCAGGCCCCGCAGAUCUCCCCGUUAGAAAAGAGGUUACAGGACAUGGGAGCGAUCCGUGGUGACGGGAGUGACAAGUUUUUUGGAAUGGAAAACUAUGGAAAUACAUGUUACUGCAACUCCAUCUUACAAUGUCUUUAUUAUUCGGUCCCCUUCCGCGAAGCCGUCAUCAACUACCCGCAACGAACACCACUGGACACCCUCGAGGCUGCGCUCGCCACAAACCUACGAUACCAAAACCCCAAUGCGCAUCUCGAAGCCGAGGCCCUGGCUGCAAAACAGAAGGCUUCUUCGCCACCGUCGGCGCGCCAGGCUGGCGUGCCCCCCAACAACCAACCACAAAAGCCAGAAGAUAAGGACUCGCCUGAAUACAAGAAGAAGGUAGCGUUGCAGACCCUUCCAAUUUUGGAAACGAAGAACAAUGCGACUAGCUAUGGGAUGUCAGAAUCGCUCUUUACUUCCCUCAAGGAUAUCUUCGAGUCCGUUGUAGCCAGUCAAUCGCGAAUUGGGGUCAUUCGUCCACAACAGUUUCUCGACGUCCUACGGCGAGAGCAUGAAAUGUUCCGGACUGCCAUGCAUCAAGAUGCGCAUGAGUUUUUGAAUCUGCUUCUCAAUGAGGUGGUCGCCAAUGUAGAAACAGAGGCUACAAAGCAGGCAUUUGCGGACAAGGCCUUGCCACCCACAGAGAGUGCGGACUCACUAGGAAUGCAGACACUUAGCACGGGUUCCAAAUCACCUAAUACUACAAGAUGGGUUCACGAGUUGUUCGAAGGAACUUUGACAUCCGAGACAAAGUGUCUCACCUGUGAGAAGGUCUCCCAGCGAGAUGAGGUAUUCUUGGAUCUUUCGGUGGAUCUUGAACAACACUCCUCAGUGACCUCGUGUCUCCGAAAAUUCUCAGCCGAAGAGAUGCUGUGUGAGCGAAACAAGUUUCACUGCGACAACUGCGGUGGGCUCCAAGAAGCGGAGAAGCGUAUGAAAAUCAAAAGGUUGCCCCGUGUGUUGGCUUUGCACCUGAAGCGGUUCAAGUACACAGAGGAUCUGCAGCGACUGCAGAAGUUGUUCCACCGUGUCGUUUACCCUUACCAUCUUCGUCUAUUCAACACCACAGACGAUGCCGAAGAUCCAGAUCGUCUCUACGAACUGUAUGCGGUGGUUGUUCAUAUUGGUGGAGGACCAUACCACGGUCACUACGUUGCUAUCAUCAAGACAGAAGACCGUGGCUGGCUGCUCUUUGAUGAUGAGCUCGUGGAGCCAGUUGAUAAGAACUACGUGCGGAACUUCUUCGGAGAUCGCCCAGGACUGGCAUGUGCAUAUGUCCUGUUUUAUCAAGAAACAACCGCCGAGGCUGUUAUGCGGGAACAGGCACAAGAAAAUCAGGCGUCCGCCACUGGAGCGGCCGAAACUGGCGAAGCUGGAAAACAAAAUGGAUCCCCACUCUCACCACCGCUAGCGCACGCACAAAGUGCAUCCCAGGUCCCUCCUGGGGACACCACUCGCUACGACACUCUCAGCCGAAUACCGACAGCACCUCCGCUUUCCACGUACCCAGAAGAACCCACAGAGCCAAUGCCAACUUCCCCACGACAUGUUCAGCAACCUCUCCCUCCGAUUCCCGACGAACCAACUCCCCCAUUGAGCCCCAAAAAGAGUGACCACCAGCUAAGAAAGGAACGGCGCGCUUUAGAGAAAGAAAAGGAUAAGAACGAAAAGAAUCGCCAGAAAGAGCAAGACCAGCAAAACAGAGAAAUUCAGCGACGAGAAGCUGAAGAAUUGAAGAAAGCCCUCGAGGCUAGCAGGGCUGAAGCCAACGAUGUUGGCGCUGAGAAUGGAUCCCCCAGGAAGUCAACCAGCUUCGGCUUCUUGAAACGAGGCAGUCGCAGCCUCAGUCAACGUCUAAGCAAGGAAAAGGAACCACGAGUAUCAACCUCCGAUCUAUCAACCUCACCACUUCUUUCAGAAUCCAUCAUAGAAGCACCCACUAAAGAGGCACCACCAGCCUUGCUGCCCAAGCCCAUCAAAUCGGCCCACCCACUCUCACCACCACCCGUCCAGUCACCAGUAUCUCCGAGAGAAUUCCCAACUACCUCCAACCCCAAACAGCCCAUCCGGGCCACCGAGCCAUUGGUCAAAGACCCUCCCCCUACAAACCACGACAAACCUACCCACCGGUGGAGAUCGUUCAGUUUCAAGAAGGUGUCCUAA